AUGCCACCAAAGCACGCUUCCAGGCCUCCCGCCUCGCGGCAGGCGCAGCGCUGGGCGAAGGACCUCAAGCUGAUCGGCGCGGCCGCCGCGCUGGUGGCCGCCUUUCUCCUCGGCUCGGCCUUCCUGUCUCCCCGCUCUCACCGCGUGUCCUCCUCCGCGCCAAAGCGGCCACAGAGCGCCAGCCCGCCGACGGCGCCGGUCCCCAUCGCGCUGGCGGGCGGCACGCUCUCUCGCUUCACGGCUGAGCACAACGCCUCCCUCCUCUGGGGCACGUACCGGCCCGGCGUCUACUUUGGGAUGCGCUCGCGCACAGCGCCGACGGCGCUCGUCGCCGGGCUGAUGUGGACGCGGGCGAGGCCAGACGGAGGCGUCGACGCGACGACGCUGCGCCACCAGUGCGAGCAGGACGGGCUCGAGCGAUACGGCUUCACCGCCCACGACGGGCGCGGCUUCGGGAGCCAGCCCAUCGUCGACCGCGCCAACGGCGUCCACCUCACCACCACGUUUCCGAUCGCGGGCGCCGCGCCCAAGCAGCACCUCUUCCUCUACCUCUCGCUCGACACCGAGUUUGCGCCGCGGCUGUCUCGCGGCGCGGCGCUCGGCAAGCUGGAGGUGCUCUCGUUCCAGCCGGAGGAGGGGGUGCACGUGGGCGGGCAGGUGGAGGAGGUCGGCCGCUUCUCCCUCCUCGCUGCGGCGCGCACGCAGGGCGGCGACCCCCUCCCGCUGCGAGCCUGGGGCUCCGCAGCUCGGCACCACUCCCACCUCAACGUGGCGGAGCUAAUCCGCUCGCGCACAGACGCGUUCCACGCCCGCCUCGCCUCCACGUUUGGCUUGGACGAGCAGCGCGAGGGCGGCGCGCUUCGGCUCGGCGGGUCGCCCCUCGGGGAGAGGGAGAAGGGCUUCGCCGCGGCGGCGCUCGCGGCGCAACUCGGCUCGCUCGGCUUCUUUUACGGCAAGACGGUGGUCGCUCCCCCGCCGGGCAGCUUCUCGCCGCCUCCGCCGCCGCAGGAGACGGAGGCGGCGCCGCUCUUUGCGGUGGUUCCGUCCCGCCCCUUUUUCCCGCGCGGCUUCCUGUGGGACGACGGCUUCCACUCGCUCGUGGUGGGCGAGUGGGACGGCCCCCUCGCGGACGACAUCGCCGCGCACUGGCUCGGGCUGAUGCACGAGGACGGGUGGAUCCCGCGCGAGCAGAUCCUCGGCGCCGAGGCAGCCGCCCGCGUGCCGGCCGAGUUCCUGCCGCAGCGCCGCUUGCACGCCAACCCGCCCACCCUGGCGGGGUCGAGGCCGCACACCUACCGCUGGCGCGGCAGGGACAAGUCGGACGGGCGGCUCAACGCGAUGACGCUCGCCUCUGGGCUGGACGACUACCCGCGCGCGACGGUUCCGGGCGAGGGGGAGCGCCACCUCGACCUGCUCUGCUGGCUCGCCUUCUUCUCUCGCUUCCUGGCGCAGCUCUCCGAGAGGACCGGCGACGGCGGCGAGGCGGCACGCUACCGAGAGGAGCACCGUGCGCAGCUCGCGUCGCUGGAGCAGCACCACUGGAGCCCCGGCCUGCGCGCCUACUGCGACUGGGGCAGGCACGCCAACGCGGGCCGCUUCGUGCAGCUGGUCGUCGUCAAGUGUGGCACCGCCGACGGAGGCAGCGCGGUCGAGCACACGGUGUCGGACCCGGAGCGGCCCGACUGCCCGCGCUCUCACCCGCGCUUCCUCUUCCCGCUCGGCGACGGGAAGGGCGGGCUGCUGACGCGCGCAAAGCUGCAGCCACGGGGCCUCAAGGACCAGCACGUGGAGCACCUCGGCUACGUCUCGCUCUUCCCGCUCCUGCUGCGGCUCUUGCCGCCCGACUCGCCCUCGCUGCCGCACGUGCUCGACCUACUGCGCGACCCGGACCGCCUGUGGUCGCCGCACGGUCUGCGCUCCCUCUCCAAGGCGGACGCGAUGUGGUACGGGCGCGAGAACGCGCCGGGCGACGCGCCCUACUGGCGCGGCCCCAUCUGGGUCAACCUCAACUACCUCUGCCUCGCCGCCCUCCGCCACUACGCGCAAGCGGCGGGCCCGCAGAAGGAGCGGUCCGCCGCUCUCUACGCCGAGCUCCGCGAGGCCCUCGUCGGCACCAUGGUCUCCGAGUGGGAGCGGACCGGCUACUUUUGGGAGCAGUACGACCCAGACACGGGCCGCGGGCAGCGCACGCACCCCUUCAACGGCUGGUCCUCGCUCGGGCUCCUCGCGCUCGCGGAGGUGUACUAG